UAUUCAGGAGCCUACGCCUUCCUUGGAUGUUUCUACUAAUGCUAGUCAGGCAUUUCAUUUACCAAUAAACGAUGCUUGGAAGUUCUUAGUUGAAAGUAACGAGCUUUUAACAAAGCAGAAUUAUCAAGAUGUUCAGAUACAAUCAGCUUUUAGGUGUCAACUGUGUUUCUUUUGUUGCUAUGAUGGCUGCCAACCUCGUAUUUUUAGUUGCAGCGGAUCAACCUCGCAUUCUCGGAAAUGUCUUCUGCAGUCUACAAAAAACCCCUGUUGCAACAAACGGGCACAUUUAUCCGUAUUACGUUCUCUUAUCGCGAUGCCAAGGUUCUGUUAGCUUGCAGCCACCAACAAGAAUGAGGUGUGUUCCUAUCAAAGAGGAGGCUAUUAAAUUCCAAGCAAGAGAUCUUGAAAGGAACCAAAAAGUCAUUUUUGAGUUGAAAAAUCACACCCAGUGUGGAGGAGAAUGUGUCGCGAAACCCUCAGACUGCCCACCGUUGGCAAAAUUUGAGAACUGUCAGUGCAUAUGCCCGUCUAAUUUACCAGAAAGUUCCAUGAAAUGUCCUGCAGGACGAAGCUGGAGCAAACAAGAAUGUAAAUGCAAAUGCAACAAUAGUAAGCAAUAUUGCGGCUCUAAAAGGUUUUUCGAUGAAAAAACCUGCUCUUGUCAAUGCAAAACGAAGAAGAUUGACCGAUGCUUUGAAAGGGGACUUUGGUUUGACCACGAAAAGUGCAAGUGUUCACGUCAUUCAACAAGUACAGGUACACAGCCUGGAAGUAUUGAAAAAGAUGCCUUUUUUUGGAUAUGUCUGGCUGUGGCUGAGUUCAUCAUCCUCCUUGCUGCCUUUCAACUCUUCUUGUAUUACAAGAAUAAAGGCCUCAUCUACACUCUACGAAAUUAUUGUCGAGGGAAAAAGGAUUCAUUUAAUUUACGCGACAGAAGCACAGAAGCAAAGAAAAAUGUUGAUGGUAUUGAUUCAAGGAUUAUUGACGAAGCCGAUCAAGAUGUUUACUUUCUACAUUCAAGAUACCAAUCCGUUGAUGAAAAACCACUGUAGCUACAUUAUCAAGAAGUCUGCACUUUUAACAAUACUGUUAAACGUUGUACAUUUUUAUUUAAUAGAAUAAAAUUCACGACAAAUAUUCUAACUUAAUAUUGUAUAAUACUAACUUAUUUGUAUAUUAUAAAUUAUAAUGAUAAUAAUGUAUUAACGCAAAAAUACUUUCACGGUUCACCUAUCAUAUCAGCUACAAAUGUCAGUAUGUUAUGCUUUUAAUUAGAUUUUAUAACACGAUAGUAUUAAAGACA